CGCUGUAAAUUUGAAUGGCCAGCUCGAAUUGGAUCGUUUACAAUAGUCUUGCAUUUCAAUGAGUAAUUAAAAUUUGCCGCUGGUAGUAGUGUUGACAACUCUAAAUUAUCGGUGUUUUUAAUUCUUUCGGAAGAAGAAGAAAAACGCACAUUUUUUGUACCCAACCAGCAAACAAAUCAAAUACAAUAGUACCGAAAAUAUCAAAAGCCAACCAUCAUAUUAUAUCCAACACAAUGCCACAGACGCCAAAACAAACAAAUCUGUCGGAACCAGAACAGCCUGAAGAAGAACCCGCUUCCCAACCGUCAACAUCUCAAGCCAGCUCGGAUCGCAGAAACUUGGUCACCUUUACAACGGAAGCAUAUCGCAAUGUAGUAGCUGCUACACGCUGCUGUAAUGCAUUUCCACAGGGUGCAGCCCGUUCGAUUUAUCUCAGUUAUCCAGGGUAUGCACGUAUGUUGGAGGAGCAGUCGCAGCGAGUGCUGGGAUUGAUUAACAAGGUCUUAAAGACGGAAAAUAUAUCAGGUGACAUAAAAAGGCGUCAAGGCGAUGAACAGCUGGAAAUGGUGCAGGAAUUUAAUGAUAUCCUAUUCGAACGUAUCACUACAAAUUUAGACAUUAGAAGCGGUCUUAGACGAGGCAACCAGCCCAUGGUUGUCGAAACCCAGGUCGAUGUACAAUCUACAUCGAGUGCCGCAAAAUCAGCGACCAUAACAAAAGAAUCGCCACGUGCUGGUAGCUGGAAUCGCUACAGCACAACUCCUGGCACUCCAGCGCGCAACAUGGUCUCUGCACGAUUGUAUACGGCACACAAUAUAAUGCGUCCGCAAAUACAGUUUAAGGUGCCGGUGGACAAUAGCUCUCAGAAUCCUUUUCGACCGCGUCUUACGGAGAAGCCUAAUUCGCUGAAGCCCUUGGCAUUGCUGCCCGAAUACGAUGAUGCUGGUAACGUAGUGUCUUACCUACAUCCGUAUGAGUUUGAGCUGUUGAAAUUUGAGCCGCCCAAUGAGCAAUUGCAAAUGCAAAAGCCCCUCUUGCCGGCCCCACCAGCUGAAACUGAACUGAUGGUAGUAGACAAUGUGGAGGCACUGCAAGAGGCACUAAAGGAGCUGCGCCAAGCGCCUCAAAUAGCCAUCGAUGUGGAGCAUCAUUCGUAUCGCACGUUUAUGGGCAUCACUUGCCUCGUGCAAAUGUCAACACGCACGAAAGACUAUAUAUUCGACACGCUGACGUUGCGCGAAGACAUGCACAUACUAAAUCUAGUGCUCACCGAUCCCAAGGUGCUUAAGAUAUUGCAUGGCGCUGAUCUCGAUAUUGAAUGGCUGCAACGCGAUCUAUCUCUAUACAUCGUUAAUAUGUUCGAUACACAUCGCGCUGCCAAAGCCUUAAACAUGGCACGACUUUCGUUAGCAUUUUUACUGAAGCAUUACCUCGAUCUGGAUGUGGAUAAGAGCUUGCAAUUGGCAGACUGGCGCAUGCGUCCACUGCCACAAAAACUAAUUGACUAUGCACGCCAGGACACACACUAUCUCAUCUAUGUUUACGAGCGUCUCACGAACGAUUUGUUGCAAUCCGAGCAAGGUCAGCUACAGGGCUUGCGUAUGGUUUACCAAAUGAGCACAGACGUUUGCAAGAAGCGCUACACAAAGCCGCACAUUGGACCGGAUUCACAUCUGGAUCUAGUGCGUAAAACGAAGCGCUCCUUUGACAAUCGCCAGCUACAUGCACUGCGCGGUAUCUUUGUGUGGCGCGAUGCUACCGCUCGUCAGGAAGACGAAAGCUAUGGUUAUGUUCUGCCCAAUCAUAUGAUGUUACAAAUUGCAGAAAGUUUGCCUCGUGAAAUGCAAGGUAUAUUGGCCUGUUGCAAUCCUAUUCCUCCUUUGGUACGCCAGCAGCUCAACACGUUGCAUCAAAUUGUGCUACGGGCGCGUGAACAACCUUUAAUCAAACCCAUAUUAGAAGCACGUCACAUUGUUCCCAUACACUUAUUGCCGAGCACUAAAGACUUCAAUAGCAAACUGAAUUGCCCACUUGACUUUUCGCAUCAAGAGGAGAUACGCGAUGAUUUACCCACACUGCUAAGUCGCAACCCUACGGGCAAAUUGGAGCAUCCAAGCAAACCGAAACUUGAGGUACCUUCGGCAUCCUUAAUUGCACCUGCUCUAUCAUUAUUAGAAAGGCCAGCGACACCCACACAGGACGAGCAGGUGCGUUGGAUGCGCGCCCGGCAGGAGAGUAAAACAAUGCGCAUGCCCUAUAAGCGCUACAUGGCUAUUUUGCCGCUCAUGCAGCAGCAGAAGAAUGAGCAGACUGCACAACAAAAUAAUGAGCAGCUCACGCGACGUCUUUGCCCCGCCGAGCCCGUGCCGCCGACCGAAUUGCAAAUUGAACCAAAGGUGGAAGAGGAUUCUGUAUACAAUAUU